AUGGACGAUUCUGAAGGGAAUUUGAGGUCGCCAUCUGCGAGUCUGGGCCCCGAUGAGGACGAUGACACCCCCACCUGGACAUAUCACUUUGAUGAGGAAGAUGUCGAGGGUAUGGAUGACGACGAUGAGUACGAUCCCGACUUUCAAGAUGCCCCAGACGAGGACGACGGAGAGGACGACGAGGAAUACCACGAUGCCGAUGACGGUGGCGACGGCGACGAAGAGGUCGCAGUAUUCAUGGGCGCUGGCGACGAAGAGGAUGACGACGAUGACAACGAAGAAGGCAUCGCUUCAGAAAACACGAUUUCAAGAAUAAUGGCUUUGAUCAGUGUGUUGGAUCAGUAUACCCCCAUUCAUCCGACUUCGUUGCUAAUCCGAGAUAUAGCUGGUGCUGCAGGAAACGGCACGGGUUUCCUCACGCGGGCCCAGUUAUUAGGUUUGAUUCAGAGCGGUGAAGUGACGCUACGCAGCACUCUCGACGAUGUCGAUGACGAUGAUGACAUUGGCUGGGGAAGAAGACGAAGGCGACCUCGCCCCAGAGAGCCUAGUCGGUUCCCCAAGGUGCCAAGUGAUGAGGGCACGAAACUGAUGCACUCUGGUGUCUUCGGGGCAAAUGAACAACGCGCCACCAAGAAAAAACAGUUGGCACGAAGGAUACUGGAUCGCGAACUUGGCUUGGGCGACAGACGGGACCGAAAGCAAAACCAGGACCUGAUGGCCCAGGGCAUGAUACCAUCAACCCAGCCCGAAAUGAUAAUCCACUACGAUGACCCUGUGUACUCGGGUCAGUUUUCCGACGAUGGCAACUUCUUCUACGCAUGCGGUCACGAUUUCAAGGUUCGCAUGUACGACACCUCAAAUCCCUACAACUGGAAAUACUACAAAACGGUCAACUACCCUUGGGGGCAGUGGACAUUGACAGACGCAUCUUUGAGUCCUGACAACCGCUGGCUUGCUUACACGUCGAUCCAAAGCAACGUCUGUCUAGCGCCCACGGAUCCUAAUGAUACAGGAGACCCGUACACGUUGGACCUCGCAGAACGGAGUGCGGGAACGCGACACGCUGGAUGGCGCUCGAGACAUUCGUUCGGAAUCUGGUCCGUCCGGUUCUCCGGCGACGGCCGGGAGCUGGUAGCUGGCACUAACAUGCAGUCGAUCGUCGUCUACGACAUUGAAUCGCGCACCGUCUUGCACAACGUCGUUGGCCACGAAGACGAUGUGAACGCUGUGUGUUUCGCCGACAAAUCCUCGCCGCAUAUCCUCUAUUCCGGAUCGGACGAUGCCACUAUCAAGGUGUGGGACCGACGUAGCAUGGGAGAUGGGCGGCCAGCGGGUGCUUUCGUGGGCCAUGUCGAAGGUCUGACCUACAUCGACAGCAAAGGCGACGGUCGUUACAUCCUUAGCAACGGGAAAGACCAGACCAUGAAGCUCUGGGACCUUAGGAUGGUUAUGUCCACGGCCAAAUUCGACGAAGUCAACCCCACCAGAUUGACCGGCAACAGUGACUUCGAUUAUCGAUGGGGAACAUACAGAGACGAAGACUGGUUCCCGCAUCCCAACGACAACUCCCUUGUCACGUUCCGUGGACACCGCGUGAUGCGUACACUGAUUCGUUGUCACUUUUCGCCUCCUUCGAGUACGAAUUCGCGAUACGUGUACUCUGGUAGCCAGGAUGGCAAGGUUUACAUCUGGAAUUUGGAUGCCACGUUGGCUGGCACCAUUGACGUGAGAAAAGCCACCAAGAAUUCCAGGCCAUUGGAGCGGAGGUAUCGCAUCUACCACGGCGAUGACUUUCCUGGGUGGAACACCUGCGUGCGCGACGUCAGUUGGCAUCCUAACGCGCCUGUCCUUGCUGCAUCUGCAUGGAACGGCUUCAACAUGGCUCACGGAACUUGCACGCUUCACUCGUACAACGAAGCCGAGGAAGACGAGGCAGAGCCUCCAAUGGGUCGUAGCGUCGACGAAAAACUGCGUCCAGUCGGCGAGGCAUUCCAGACCUAA